AUGCUACUCAACGAACUAGAUGCGCCCCUAGAUGACGUUGUUGUAGUUGACAAAUUGCACAUCGCCGACUACAACGAGGCUAACAUCCUUCCCCAGGACGAGACUACCUUGAAGCGUCUCCUCAAAUGGCUCAGUCCUACCAAGUAUGCAGGUGAUGGAAGCGAACUCAAGAAGCACGCUACCUCACAUCUAAAGGGCACCAGCCAAUGGCUUAUUGAAUCAUCCAUCUUCGAACAGUGGCACCGCGGCAAUAGUCAUGGAAUUUUGUGGAUUCGAGGAGUGCCCGGCACGGGCAAAUCUGUCCUCGCAGCGAAGCUUAUCGAUCAUCUGAUUUCAGAAGAGUACCCUGUACUAUACUUCUUCUCCCGUUAUACCAUCCAGUCCAAUCAUCGUCCCGAAGCGGCCCUUCGUGACUGGAUUGCUCAAAUCUUGCCAUUUAACCCACCACUACAACUUGCGUUGAAGAAUUUGACAUCUGGAGACAUCAACAUAGGCUCGGUGGACAACCUCUCAAUGACAGAGCUAUGGCACCUUCUUCAGCUUGCCUUGAAAACUAUUCCCAAGGCCUAUUGCGUGGUAGAUGCCCUCGAUGAAAUGGACCACGCGUUCAUGGAGCACUUCUUGCAAGUACUUGAUCAGCUGGGUAACAUACACCCGGACAGAGUAAAACUCAUUAUUACAAGCCGUCCCAUCGCGACGAUUGAGAAGAUCGUGAGAAAUUUAAGACUUCUGGACAUUCGUCUUGGUAAGGACAAAGUGGAACCGGAUAUUGUCAAGUAUCUCCAUCAUCGAAUGGAUCACAUGUCUCUCGCCCCGGAAAUUCGCGAUGCCAUUAUACGUGAACUGCCCAGGAAGGCCAAUGGCCUGUUUCUCUACGCCAAGUUCGCUAUGGACGCUAUAUCUGAACUGGAAACCAUGACAGUAGAGACGGUGACAAAAGCUCUCGGCGAUGCACCUAUCGAUCUAUCUGCGAUGUACAGAAAUCUUCUACAAGAGCACAUGGGACGUACGGAUCUGCCUGAGGGACUCUGUCUUUUUGUUUUACAACUUGUCACGCAUGCCACCAGACCUCUACGUCUUCUCGAGAUAGCCGACUGUGUCAAAGUCACCAGACCACAGAUGGGUGAAGACACUGGGAUCUUGAAAAGCCUCAUACGGACGUCUUGCGGGCCUUUGCUAGAAAUUCUUCCAGACGAGACUGUUCGAGUUGUCCAUCAUUCCCUGACGGAGUAUCUUUUUGGACUGACUCGAUCAUCGUCUGAAAAAGAAAUCCCGCUAUUUGAACCAGGUCCUAUGCACAACCUCAUUGCACUGACUUGUUUGUCUUAUCUUCGAGCAGGCUCUUUGGACACUUUGAAUGUUGAUGGCAAGUAUGUCUGGUUUAACCUUCGUCACAAAGAAUACCAAUUACCGUCAUUCUUGAUGUACGCAGCAAAUAAUUGGCACGUUCACGCCAAGAAGUCGUCGUCUGAGGGCUUCUCGCAAUAUGAAGCGAACAGCGGUAUUGCUUCACUGUUGAUGACAUCAAGUUAUCCGAAAAGGCUCGUUAUGUUGGGCAAUAAUGUCAAGGAAGGCGGUGAAAGAGACUUGGAUGAAUUAUUAAGAUGCCAUGAUAUCGCAACGGAAGCGGAAGCAUUGCUUUUUGCCAUUCAUUUGGAUUUGACCAGCUUUGUCAAGUAUUUCCUGAGUCAAAACAACGGAGAUGCAGCGAAGUACCCCGGAGUUCGAGGAAUUGAGUCCCCGUUGCACAUGGCCAUAAGGAAGGGGAAUCUGAACAUUGUUAGUCGACUCAUCACGAAGGGAGCCAAUACGAAUCACCACAACAGACGAGGCGAAACACCACUCCAUGUGGCACUUGGAGGCACCAAACCAAAGGUUUGCAUAUGUCCUGCCAUAAUUGAACACCUUCUGGAAGUUGGGGCGGAUCCUUGGAAGGAUAAAGGGAAGGAUAUGGAAUCUUCUUGGCCUAAUCAACAAGUUCCAUACCCUCCGAUCAAAAAGGCAUUCGCUGGUGGUGAUGAAACAAUAUCUAAGUUGUUCCUGCCAUACAUUAAGUCUAAGGUACUGGCCCAACAAGCUUUAGGCUGGGUCAUCAACGGGUCUCAGAAGGCCGAGGUCCUGCAUAUGAUACUGGAUCUCGGGCUCGUGGAUAUCAACUGCCGUACGGAAGGCCAGACGCCGCUGUUCAAAGCCUGUACAGAACUUGAUCCAAAAGCUAUUUCGGUACUUCUUGAAGCUGGUGCAGACCCUACCGUACUUCAAGACAAAUACAACAGUCAGACUCACAGACGUUUUUCUGCUGUUGAAGGAGAGGGACGUGGUUUGUUCCACGCCUUGGCUGCACCGUACCGGUAUCUUGACAAAACCGAUGGAGAGAUUCCAGUCAAAAGAAUCAAAGAGUGUUUUGAACUAGUUCUCACUGCUGGUGCUGAUGUGAAUCAAGCUGAUUGUCACAAAGUAACACCGUUACACCUCGCUAGGACCCCUUGUAUCACUAGACUCCUUCUUGAGGCCGGGGCGAAUCCCCUCGCCAUGAACGAGAACGGAUCAACGCCGCUUCAUGUCGCAUACAGCAUUGAUGUGAUAGAGGUGCUCCUGACCAAGACAGAUAUCAACACUAGGAAUCUCAAAGGGGAAACCGUUCUACUCAGCACUUUCUUUGACGACGAUCGUCAUGAUCGACCGAAUGCGAAGACAGCACCGGAAAAGGCCCUCAGACUUCUGCAUUUAGGUGCCGAUCCCAAUAUGACCGACGAUAAUGGCGAUAGCAUCUUGCAUCAUCUAGCCAGCAGGGGUGAGAUGGAUAGACCUAGCGAAAGACUUCUGUUGGAACGUUUGGUUCAGAGUGGUGUAGAUGCGAAUAUCCGCAACAACGAAGGACAAACAGCAAUGUACAAGAUUGAGUUCAAUAAAUUGUCCAGAGUCUGGAGCGGAAUGGCCAAUGUAGAGGUUAUGCUUGAGCUGACUGACAUUGAUAUAAACACAGUGGACAAGGACGGGAGUACGUUUCUCUUUCGUGUCAUGGGAAAUCGAGAAAUCGCGACACGUGUUCGGUACAAAGUGGAUGGCUUCUUGACAACAAUGGCAAAAGCCGGGGCACGGUUUGACGUUAUUGACGGGCAAGGCCAAACACUGCUGCAUGCUGCAAUGAGACACUACUGCGGCAGUGACCAGAUUCUGGAAUUCCUGGUUGGGCAAGGUGUUGAUCCGAAACAGACUGACAAUGAAGGAAACACAAUCUGGCAUGUUCUGGUUCCUCGUUUUGAUUCUACAACGCAGUCAGUAAACCUAUUUCGCAAACUUACGGUCUUGGGUGUAGAUGUACGGAAACCGAACAACUAUGGAAGGCUUCCAUUGCACCUUUCCUGUGAGCACUACCGGCGCUGUCUUGGGGACAGAAUACAUCCAAGGACAAAAUUCGGAACUACCUUGUUUGACUACAUGCUAGAGCAAGGCCACGAGGAUAUCAACAGGGCAGAUAAUGGUGGAGUAUUGCCGCUUCAUCUCGUUUCGACUUUCUCCACAAAUCUCACGAGAAUGUUCCUUGACGCUGGGGCAAACAUUACCCAGGACACCCACGAGGGACUAAACGUGUUUCAUCUCGCCGCUCGAUUCCGCCAAAGCAACACAAUAGGUCUUCUUCUUGAUUGGUGUAGGGCAAGGAUGAGCACGGGAAAGGUUCUCGAAAUAGUCAACGCGAAAGACAAACGAGGUCGGAAUCCGCUAUACUACGCUUGUGUCUCGGGUCACUACCAGUCAGUGGAGCUUCUCAUUAAAGCCGGCGCGGUGAUUGACCUGGAGCCAUAUGAGGGGUCGGCUAUACAGGGCUGCGUUGAUUUUCAACUGGAGUCCGAGGACUGGGUGGAAAGGUGCAAUUCUGCAUUUGAUGCCGUGCACUUUAGUGAUAAAACACAGCCCAGAAUGGAGAAACGCUGGCAUUUACAUAAAUAUGCCAGUAGCGGCUCUCAACAUGACGAUCGAAUCGAGGAAAUUCUUGAUCUUCUCAUGGAAAGCACGGCUCCGGCGAGCUGGCGAGAGAUUGACCGCGCUAUCGUCAUAGCCGCGGACCGAAAACAUGAUUACACAGUCGAGUCUCUCUUACGAGUAAGGAAGUCUUUAGGUAUAGAAGCACCAUUAUCGUGCAUGGCUGAGGUGCAACCAUGCUUGGAAAGAAGGGCAUCACUCCUGGUAAGCGUCGCAAACGUCGAAAGCGUUGCAAAGCCCUACGAGCCAGCGAGCAAGUUCUAUGACCAGAUAAAAUUCAUGAUCAAAGAGAGACUAUACCACGCCAUCCCUUCUUACAUCGAAGACUACUCGCCCAAGCCUAAGAUUAGUGAGAUAUAUAAAGUUUCUCUCGAGCUUGUUCACUCUGGUCACGCAAACCUUCUCGACUCUUUGCUUACAUCAGACCUCGUUUCAGACUUGGAGGAAUCCAGCCAUUCUACUAAGAAUGGAUCAAGGAGGGAAUCCCGUGAGGGAAUCGAAUCGCUGCUGGUUUCUGCUUGCCAGUCGGAACCGCCAAAUCUGCCCGCCAUCAAGGUGCUUGCCAAUAAAGGAGCAAAACCGGACAUGUUUUCAAGACCAGGCUGUAUAAGUGCUCUUCAUGCUAUCGUCAAAACUAGUGAUAACAUCUGGUGGCAAACGGCGCAGGCUCUUCCACAUAUACUUGAACAAUCGAUAGAUUUAGAGGUUCGGGAUUGGAAGGGGCUCACACCUUUGAACGCCAUUCUAGAGGAAAAAGACCAACAUUCCUUCAGAUUUCAAGCCACCGAAAUGCUUUUGCAAGCAGGUGCGGAUCCCUCGAGUGUUGACAAUGAAGGCAAGUCCUGCCUUGCGCGAGCUGUGGGCGACGAGCCACUCUUCAAACUGCUUCUUAGUCAUGGAGCAGACGUUGGCCCGGCCGCGCUGUCUGCUGCUAUCCUCGCCAAGGAUGUGAACAUGUUGGAGAUGAUGUUGGCCGGUGGCGCAGAUCCAAAUGCUCGAAAUGUGGGUGACGUGAAAGCAAGCCGAAGCGUACUAGGCGGGACCUGCGAGAUGGUAGAUCCAAGGGAUGACACGGAACUGUAUCCUCUCGAUCUAUUGAUCAAGAGCAUGGGCUUCGGAAAUCACGACGCAGUUUCUGAACGUAUGAUGGAGCUUCUUUUUGAGUACGGUGCAGAUCCAAACAGUCGCUAUCCGAAAACAACUAUAGCGCACCGAAGUCUCGAAACGAAAAGUCCCGACAUGGGAUGUGUGAUGCCUCGACCUCGAACCUAUUUUAAGAGGAACUGCUAUACCGUUGAUAUCGUUCAACACCCACUAUUAGACUUAGAUCUCAGGGACGGAGAUGGUGUCACAAUACUUCAAGGCGCUUAUAAAGCGGGCGAUCUCAAAGCAGCACAACUUCUUAUUGACAGAGGCUCCAAUAUAUAUGCGCAGGACAAACAUGGCAGCAACAUUUUACAUUUGUCACCGAAAAGCAUUGGUGAGACUAAUGAACACCAAGCCCAAUGGGAUUUCCUCAAGUAUUUGGUUACUCUAGGUCCAGAGCUUUUGCAUCAAUUUGAUGCGCUCGGUAAUACUCCACUUCACUCCGCGAUCCUACGACGGAAGUCCUGGGGACAAGUACAGGAUUCUGAGGAAACGAUCGAGUUAUUCAUGUCUAAAGGAGCAGAUGUUUGCGCUAAAAAUAUGCACGGAGACACUCCUCUUCAUCUUCUCUUAGAACAAGACUGGAAUGUGACCGUGAGUGACAACAACACGGUUUUGGAUGAAUCCACUAAGAAAUUGGUAAACUUGUUCUUGUCAAGGGGUGCAGAUAUUAACGCCCGCAAUAAGGCGGGUGAGACACCGGUAUUUUCCUACUUUCGCCAAGGUAAUAUACGAGUUGUCUUUCAACACGACAACGACUGGCGCGAAACAUUCAAAAGUCACCGCGCUCGUAUGGACUGGAGUGAGGCUCUCGAACACAAGACCAAUGUGGAACAAGAGCCGAAUAUUUUGGCAUUAUUGGAUGAAUUUGGUGUAGAUUGGACCUCUGUUGAUAACGACUGGCAGUCCCUAUUACAUGUUGUGGCAGCGAACGGUGGACAGAUGUUUGAUUCAAACAAAAGGGAAUGGAUGCUUCAAAUAAGGAAGCAAAGGUUCCAGUUCUUGAUGGGGAAGGGACUAGAUGCUUCAGCAGAGAAUGUUAUGCAUAGGACGGCUCUAGAUUUUGCAGCUGCAAACAAAGCAGAGAACAUUCUAGCUUUGUUUAACGUUAGUUAA